UUUUGAACAUCAGUAAAGAGAGAAAACAUGUGAAAGGACUUUAAAAUAGUUGAUUCAAUGGACACUUCAGAGCUACCAAUUAUUGACUUUGAUAAAAUACUAGUCGCUACCGAUAACUUCAGCACAACAAACAAACUUGGGGAAGGAGGAUUUGGACCUGUUUAUAAGGGAAGGUUAGAAGAUGGCUAUCAAGUGGUAGUGAAAAGACUUUCGAGGCAUUCAGGACAAGGUGUGGAAGAGUUCAAGAACGAGAUUGUAUUGAUUUCCAAACUGCAACAUAGGAAUCUUGGUAGGCUCUUGGGUUGCAGCAUUGAAGGGGAAGAGAAGCUAUUGGUUUAUGAGUACAUGACAAACAAAAGCUUGGACACUUUUCUCUUCGGUUGGUUUAUAGUCUCAUCUUUAUUACUAUAAAUUUUUCAUAGGUCAUUCAAUACUAUUACCACAACUGUGCUUAACACUGAGGAAAGAAA